GCUCCGACUGCAACAUCUUCGCAUCUCGUAUCAAGAUCAAUAUAUUGUAGCCGCCACACACAACGAAGCCAAGGAUAUUGGGUUCCCUGCAAUACGUUAAGGUUACGGGAAUAGCCUAUACCUCUUCUAACUCUUAUCGCGAUAACAAUAGUCUGUUUGGGCGAUUGAUGUACCACUACCACGCCUCACUGGUCAAACAUUAUCCGUCUUAAUACACACUUUGAAAUACUUUGAGUUCCCGCGAGAAUUAAUCGUAAUUAUAUUGCAAUUUCGAACGGUUUGUUCGUCCUACAUGACAAUACAUCCGAUAAUUUGAUGUCAACGGGGAAGUCGAAAGGGGAAAGGAAGACGGCUCUGUGCUGCUUGUUACGGUUGAACGGAUUCGAGCAUAUGUUGGUUGAGUUUUGGGAUUGCUAAGUUGAUAUUGAAAAUUGUCGCGCUUGGUGAUUUAAUGGAUUCGAGGGGAAUCAACCUAUAGAAUAUCAAUCGCGUGCAGCACAACUCCCCCCGCCUCGACCUCGACGAUUACUUGUAGAUUUGAUACGACAGCUUUGUGCGAUUCUGCUCUACGGCAUAGCGAGAAGUGAUAUUUGUGGAUGGGGCCAGGAAGAGUUUGUGCAGAGGUUAUAUCGCGUUAGAAACUACUCUUACCCUCCAGACUGAGUUCCGAUACGGCGUUGGAAUUCGCAUUCUUAACAAUAUCUACAAUCACAUAAUACAGUAUCCGAAGAUAUAUACGGCUCUGAAAUCUUAUAAGUCUAUUUCCUGGUGUCUCGAACUAUCCUAUUUCAUUAAAGCUUUAUCAAAGUCCAAGAAGGAUGACUGAUCACUGGGCAACUCCUUCUGGGGGGGCUUCCAGUUCCUCCGCCCCUCUCACACCAGGGGAUCGACCACUCGAGAGUCCUAGUCAUUUUCCGCGGUCUCACUUUUAUACUGAAGGUAGCGAUUCAGGGGAGGACUCGCACAUGCUGGGAUUUAUGGGUCCUUCUUCUUCCGAAGACAACUUCAAUAGUCAAGUUAUGGUUGAGACAGGCGAUGAAUCUGAGGGCGGGACUACAUCACAAUUGAAUCCAGUGAGCGGCCGGCAAAAUGAUACAGGAGAGGAGAUAGCAGCAUUUGAAGGAACUAUGGAUGAUCAGGCGACGCUUCGAAUGAGUCGGGGAAGUGAUGCUUCUAAUUCUAGUGAGGGAAGUUCAGUAAGCAGUGUUAGACGAAGACAAAACGCAAGUCUCGGAAAAGCCCCUAUGAGGGAUGAUAGCUUAGGCCAUAGUGUCUCUACAGCUGGUUAUCAAGCAGACAUGUCAACUACUCUAGAUCGGGUUCCUAGCUCGUCUAGCUCUUCUCGGCGAAACAUAACGUCAUCUAGGUUUAAUCGCAGACCCUCAAAUCAAUCUUCGUCAUCGAGGCGAACCUCAACUCAGUCUAAUCAGAGCAGGCGUACGUCAUCUUCUUCUCCAAAUUCUCUUGCGGAGGAGUCGCCGAGAAGCUCGGGUAACCCUACGAAUUCACCUCCGAGUGAUGAUGGCACGCCAACUAUAUCUCGAUCUCCCUCAAGUGUUAUACAAAGGCCGACAAGAGAUCGAGAAUCUGUACAGAGUGAAGUUGUGGUUCCUAGGUGGCAGCCGGACUCGGAGGUUACUCAGUGUCCCAUUUGUAAUGCUUGGUUUGGUUGGCUAAACAGAAAACAUCACUGUCGAAAAUGCGGCCGUGUGGUCUGCAACUCUUGUUCCCCGCACCGGAUCACAAUUCCCUAUCAAUACAUUGUGCAACCUCCAGACCAUCCGUCCCCAUACAGUUCUGCGGCCUAUAAUCGUCUCCAUGAUCCACAGGGCGAAGGACGUACAAAUACUUUAGAGUUUGGCGGAGGAGAUAGAGUUCGUCUGUGUAACCCUUGUGUACCUGAUCCGAAUGUAGCUCCACCUCAGACCAACCAAACAGGCUCCAACACAGAACCUCGAUACAACCUUGGAUAUCACGGCCGAACACGAAGUUCUAUCGUUCCCUCUACAUCUAUCCCAGGAAGCCUGCCAGCGGAAUCUCGAUUUCGACUUGCAGAUCAUCGUUCACAUACAAUUCGUGAUCAAGGUACUUCUAAUAGGUAUUCACCCUCUGGAAUGAAUUCCACUUCUAGAACAGCGGAAGAGUUUCAGACUUGGUACAGGGAGCGAGCCGGUAUGAGCUCUGGACAAAGUGCACGUUCAAGAAGCUCGACGGUUGCUGGAACUGGGCGGGAUACAACCGAAGACAUGUUUACAUUCCUCAGAAAUGUGCGAGGCCCUUCUGCUAGCAUUCAGGCACCACCGAACGCUACUGUAUCAACAGCAGCCAGGCGAUAUAUUCCGUCAGGGGAAGAUCUACGUACUCGUCCUUUGCCGCGACCACCUCAGAUACAAGAGGAAGAUGAAUGCCCAAUCUGUCAUCAUGAACUCCCUUCUAGAACUCUCCCUAAUUCUGAAACUCUUCGAUCUGAUCAUAUCAUGUCCUGUAUCGAUCGUGCAACAUCUAGAAUGUUUAUCGGUACUCCGACUUCAACACCUCCCCCGCAAAUCCCAUCAGCAACACGUCCGGCGCCACCUAUCACUCAAUCAUCUGCUCAGUCAAGCUCCUCCCACGCUUCUACAUCUUCCACUGUAGCCGCACCUCCCCCUCUUACAUCAAUUCCUUCAGGCGGCCCCUCUCAACCUCGACGCACUGGAGUAUUUCCGUAUAUCGCCACAGAGAAAGAUUGCCAAGACGACGCGGAAUGCCAAAUUUGCCUGGAGGAAUACGAACCGGGAUUGGAAAUGGGACGAUUGGAAUGCUUCUGUAGGUUUCACUUGAGUUGUAUACGAAAAUGGUUUGAGAAACAUCCAGGAAGAUGUCCGAUGCAUCAGCACGAUGCGUAUGGAUAUUGAGAGAGAUAUGUUAAAUGUGGAUUUUGAGGAAAUAGCAAAAGGAAAAGUGUUGGGGAGUGAGAUAUUGAGAUCUAAGACACCUCCCGACACAACGAUAUGAUAGCAGUAUAGAGAUGGGAUGUGGUCAACGUCAGCCAACAGUGAACACCAUUCUCCACUCAUGUUGCGUAAAGGAAUCGAGAGAUAUACAUCCUCACGGUGUCAGGAUACUGGAUAUAUUAUGGUAUUGCCAUAUUGCAUGUACAUUCAUUCAUUACAUUGACAAAACGACUUUUUAUGGGGCAUGGUGUUUAAAGAAGGCUGGGACGGGUACGGAUACGGAUAUAUGGAUAAGAAAAGGAUACCAAUCUUCACGACUCGUUGCUUGUUACACUGGCGUAGAUAGAUGGAUUGAGACAAUAUAUUCUUUA